GACGAUCAAGCACGUUCCAAAAGAAUUCACGACCCAUUUGGUACGGGGAAACGGAAGGUACGAAAGUUCGAAACGAAACGGAGAAAUGAACGAAACGGGAAGAGGAAUAGGGUCAGCGUUUGCCUUUCCGCAUUUGGUGGUGAUUAUAAGAAUUAACCUAUUAUUAAUUCAAAAGAUUCAUAUUCCAAUGUGAAACGAAACAUGUCCUUACUUCUUAAGAGAAGAUAACAGUACAUUUGUUGGGAGCUUGAGAAAGCUGUGCGCUUUUUCACGAGAGAUGGUGGCUGCGGUUUCCGGCUGCUUGACGGAGCUUUCUAGCGAUGGAGACCGACGAAGAAGGGUCGACGGCGAGUGCUUCCGUUUCAGGUUCAGAUGUCGUGAGUGGAACCCGGAGAAGGAUUUGCUGGCCAUGGUCUCACGGAGGGACUCCACGGAAGGUGGGGGGUGCUUCGUCGUUUCGAUUGGCAAGAGGCUGUGGACAAUCUCUCCUGAAUGGAAAACUGUUAAGAAGCUUGAAUUCCCAUGCGGCAGCUGUGGUGUGUCUCAAUUGGGAGGAGGAUGCCCAAGUGAAUAGAGACACUUCUGGCAACUCUUUGGCAUUUGAAGAUCGCACUACUCGUUACUUCCCUCCAGCUCCAAGAGUUCCUCGCAUGCCUGGACUAGUACCCAGAGAAACUGAUUUAACUGACGAUGGUCAAGAUUCAUUUGUAGAGCUCUCAAAUUCUUCAAAGCAAUGUUUCAAUAUCCUUUGCAGUUGAGAUUGUUGGGGUUUUGUUGUAAGCCUCCUGUAUGUUCAGAUCAAAUAUAUAGCAGUAUAGUCUAUCGGAUUCAGUCAAUGAGUACUUCUUUCCUUUCUUGCUUCCAUACAGCAGUCUUUCUUAAUAAAUGGAUCUAAUGGCAGAAAUCAGUAUUGCCUGGAAGUAAUGGACUGGUUAAGUAA